AUGAUGUUGUCGAGGUUUUCGAGUGAAAAGACUUUGACUUUGCAUUUGUUGAACCUCAAAAAAAGCGAUGAGGUCGAGUUAGCCAACGACUUCUUUCGUCUGAUGGUCGCUUCGGAUUUGGGUGUUGCGUCUGUCUACUCUUUAACAGUUGUCGUCUCCGCGUUGGGUUGCAACGGAGAGAUCAAGAGGGGAAGAGAGUUGGUGGAGGAGGUUGAGACUAUUAAGCCUAAUAUCGUCACGUUUAAGUCUAUGAUAGACUGUUGCGUCAAGAGAUGGAACUUCGAAGAGUUGGGUUUGGUUCUUGAGUUGACGGAGAAGGAAAGCGUGAGUCUUGAUCUCGAUGCUUACAAGAUUUUGAUCGACGGUUUCGCUAGUUACGGUAAGGUCGAAGAGGCAGAGAAGUUGGUUUCGACCAUGCACGAUAAGCAGCUAAAGGUGGACACUUAUCUGUAUAACCUGAUCAUCAACGGGUUGGAGAAAGCGUUUGAGAUACACAGCGUGAUGAGUUCUCAAGGUGUUGUUUCGAACAAGUAUACGUAUUGGGGGUUGGUGAAUGGGCUCUGCAAGGCAAGGAAAGUGUGCGAAGCUAUGAGAUUGACGGAGGAGUUGCGACUGAGCGAGUUUGAGGUUGACGAAGCAAUGUAUAGGACAUUGAUUGAAGGGUGUUACAGAGCAGGAAGGGUAGAUAACGCUCUGGAGGUGGUGGCUGAGUGGUUAGGGAAGGAUACAUUCCUCAUGGCAAAGUAUUUGAAAGAUUAG